CUGGUCUCUGUUAUAACUAUUUAAAUCAGUCUGUCCUGACUCAGAUCAACAGUCUCCAGUCUACCAACUGGUCUCUGAAAUAACUAUUUAAAGCAGUCUGUCCUGACUCAGCUCAACAGUCUCCAGUCUACCAACUGAUCUCUGUAACUUCAUCUUUGUCUCUGUGGUGUACAGUCUUCAGGUGAUGAUGGGGGUAUUGAAUCAUCUCUCUACUCUCCUCCUCCUCUCUCUCCUUCCUCCUGCUCUCUCUCAUGUAGUGAAGAGGUUUGAUCCAGAGUGCAAGAAGUUCUUCAUGGAGGAGACAACUCCAAAUCUCCCAGGUAUUUUGGUUGAUGGGCCAGUCCAGAACCAGGGCCAGAACCAGAACCGCUACAAGCCGAUCUGCCAGUUGUUCAACAACAUCUACAGGUUUGCAACUCUCUACGAUACGACCAACAGGAUCCCUGUGUUCUCAGCCUACACCUUCACUGGUCCUCCUACAGACCCCAGACCAAAUCAACGCUGGAUGAUAGAGCCCCAGCUUGAAGAUAUAAAUAACCAACGUGACAUGAAGGUGGAUAAUAAAGCUGUCACACACCAGGCUGUGGACACAGACUACAAACUAAACAAGAUGAAAAUGGACAGAGGUCACCUUUUCCCAUGUUCGUACGCACCUGAUGAUGAUACCAAGAGGUCCACUUUCACCCUGACAAACGCCGUUCCCCAGGCAAGAUCUUUCAACAGGGGCAGCUGGAAGACAAUGGAGUGCAGAGUCAGAAAAGCUCUUCUGAAGGACUGUAUUAAUAACAACGGGAUAAAGGCCUAUGUGGUGACUGGAGCAGUUCCCAGCAACAACAACAACAACAACAACAACAAACUGAACGACAGAGUGAACAUCCCGUCUCACCUGUGGACAACCUACUGCUGUAAAAACAACCUGGGACAGUUGGUGGCCGGAGCACACUGGGCUGAGAAUGUAGCAGAGGAAAAGAACGAGAUGAAAACAGUAACACCAAUAACCUUGAAUCAACUCGAACUGAAGUUGAAGAGCGUCUACGAAUUGUCUGAAGUCAAGUUGUUCCCAAAGGGAUGUUCAACAAAUGUAGAACAGGCAGGGGGAAAGAGGACGGGAGAGCCGAUUGGGGAGUUGACAAAUAAAAAGCAAAAGAGUGGAGAGGGGAGCAUAAAGAUGAAGAGAGCAGGGGAGUUAAAGGAAUGUGAUGAGGAGGAUGAGUGUGAUUGUGACUGUGAUGAAAAGUGAUGAGUUUUGUCAAGUGGUAAUUCACCCAACUAUUGAGUACACAUUCCCUAAGUUACAAGGGUUAUAAGGGUUUAAUGGUUAUAAGGGUUAAGUUAUAAUGGUUAUAAGGGUUAAAUAAUUAGGGUUAUUAUCCAGCAUUAUAAGGGUUAUAAUUGUUAUAAGGGUUAAGUAAUAAGUGUUAUAAGCCAUGGUUAUAAUUAAACAAGUUUAAGGGUUGUGAAGGUUAAAGACAAGCUCUGUUACUUUGGCGACUAAGAAAGUAUAUUUCAAACCUCCCACUUUGUGCUUGAUGUAUCAAUGUGUCGUUCAUACAUAUAGAAAAUCUAUGAGCAGAAUUACUGUUUCCCUACAUUUCACCCCCCCUAGCAAUUUGAGUCUUAGCCAAUGAGCAUCAGCCCCUCACAUGUGAGUGAAAACUAGUGUGGUGGCAGAAUUAGUGUUGAACUGUUGUAACUUCUCAAGGGACAUGUUCUGUGUUGGACUGUCAUGCCUUUCAUAGAGUCCUGGUGUGUCUGUACCUUAAACACAAGGCCAUUGUGUUCUGGAACUGUUGCUGGUAUAGAUAACUGAAACAGUCUGAUGGUAUUAUCACCUCCCACUAUAUAAGGGACAUGGAACCAUUUACUCAGGGGGUUCUUCCCUGUGAAAUCACAAUCAUCUCCUCUGCAGCUGCUUGA